GUGGUGGACGUGCACACAAGCCACAUCACGCGCAUCCCUCUGCUGCCCGACAGGGCGCCAGCGCCGGCCCAGCAGAGCUGCGGCAUCCACGCCAUCGAGCUGAACCCCUCCAAGACCCUACUGGCCACAGGGGGGGAGAACCCCAACAGCCUGGCGGUCUACCAGCUCCCCACGCUUGAUCCUAUGUUCCUGGGUGACCGCUAUGGCCACAAGGACUGGAUCUUCACCAUUGCCUGGAUGAGCGACACCGUGGUUGUGAGCGGCUCCCGCGAUGGCACCGUGGCUCUGUGGCGCGUUGACCCCGACAUGUGCCAAGGCAGCAUCGCCUGGCACAACGACGUGGGGCUCCCCGGCUAUGCUCAUAUCCUCCCAAGGGAUAUGGAGACCAUCCCCAGGGCCAGCUCCAGCCCCAACAACCGCAAGGUGCGGGCCCUGGCUUUCAGUGGCAAGAACCAGGAGCUGGGAGCAGUGUCCCUGGAUGGCUACUUCCACCUGUGGAAGGCCCGGAGCACCCUGUGCAGGCUGCUGUCCGUCAGGCUGCCCUACUGCCGAGAGAACGUGUGCCUGACCUACUGCGACGACUUGUCAAUGUACGCAGUGGGCUCCCAGGCCCACGUCUCCUUCGUGGAUCCGCGCCAGCGCCAGCAGAACCUGCGGCCCCUGUGCUCCAGGGAGGGCGGCACGGGCGUGCGCUCCCUGAGCUUCUACCAGUACAUCAUCACCAUAGGCACCGGCCACGGGUCCCUGCUGUUCUAUGACGUCCGUGCCCAGAAGUUCCUGGAGGAGAGAUCCUCGGCCAGCCCAGACUCCUCGCCACGGUCUACAGGGAAGAAGCUCAAGCUCACCGCUGGGAGAGGCUGGCUCAACCACAGCGACCUUUGGGUGAACAACUACGCUGGUGUAGAGGAGUUCCCCAAUGCGCUCUACACCCACUGCUACAACUGGUCUGAGAUGAAGCUCUUCGUGGCUGGCGGCCCGCUGCCUUCAGGCCUCCACGGGAACUACGCGGGCCUCUGGAGCUAA